AUGGAGUCGACGCAAGAGAUCAUCAGCAACUAUUUGGGGCGGGCGCACGACUUCGAUCUCGACUCCCUUGCGGACCCUUUGGACGACCCGUUCGACGCGGUCGAAGCGCCGCUCUUGUCGCCUCCCACACCCUUAGAGAGGGCGCCAGUGGCACAGCUGCCGCUGGUUGCAAAAGGGCUGGCGGCUAAAGAAACGGCCGGUCGUGCUCUGCCCAGAAACCAGCCCCUGGAGACGUUUUCCCUCUGGGACGACAUGUCGUGGCGCGACACGCACCGGCGCGUGGACGCGGCCGCCGUGCCCAGCCUGAAGGAGUUUGAGCGGUACCUGGCGCUCUUGGCGUCGUCGACCGACAAGUUGGUGCGGCAAUUGGGCGAGGUGCGCGCGAAAAACCGCGAGCUCGAGGCGCGCGCGGCGCAACUUGAGGCGGAGUGUGCGCGCGCGCGCGAAAGCCAGGGCGAACUCGCCCUGCUCCGUGUGGAGCUCGCGCAGUCGCAGGAGGAAUGUUCGCGCCACGCCCAGGUCGAGCGCGCCAACAAGCUCUUGGUGCGAGAAAACAACUUGCUUCGGGAAAAGCUUGCCAAGUAUAAGGCGUUGUACGACGAGGUGAAGCUGCAGGGGCUGCAGGGGCUGCAGAAUCUGCCACAGAAGCAAAGCUUGUACAACCAAAUACCACAGCAUCAGCAACAGCAUCAGCAACAGAAUGAAGUGCCACAGAAUCAAGUGCCACAGAAUCAAGUGCCACAGAAUCAAGUGCCACAGAAUCAGCAACGCAAUCAAGUACCGCUACAGCAGAAUCAAAUGCCACAGAAUCAGACACUACAUAAUCAAAUCCCUCCGUUCCAGGCACCGCAGGGUGUUCAAAUACCUCAAGUACCCCAGAAUGAACCCCAAACACUACACAACCCGAAUCCGGCUCCAACCUACCACGAGCCACACAGAUCUGCGCCAGCUUCGGUUCCAAGCAACGCAGAUCAGCCAGCCGCAGGCCAACCCCAAUCGACUCAGUCUCAGCCGGGCCUGUCUGGUGUAUCUGGUCUGUCUGGUGUAUCUGGUCUGUCUCUGUCUGGCCUGCCUGGCCUGGGCCCAGACCUCGCCGCGCUUCUUCGCAGUCUCCAGACGCCAGAGCUCCUGCAGUUGGCCGGCUACGUUGCCCAAAUCAGCUUGGAAAUGCAGAAGGUCAAUCUGACGUUGGCCCGCACGUGCUGCCACUCCAAGCCGCCUUGCUCCGCGUGCUCCAGCGCCAGCGCCAGCCGCGGAAUGGACCACUCGUCGCCCGUCGCGGAGCUGGGCCCGACAGAAACACUCAUGGGCAAGUACCCGUGGAACCGGACUGUGUAG